AGCACAUCUAACCAGGGGCAUUUUUCUCUCUUUUUUUUCCCCCCAUCCUCCCUGUUUCCCACCUGGGCUCCCAGCUCCCUCAAGGAUCCAAUGAUUACAGGGCAGCUGAGUAAGCCGCUGCUCUCCCUGCGCAGCGACAUGAGCGCGGCAGAACUCCGGGCGGACGACAAAGCGGCCACCCCAGACAGCGAUCUGAACGAUGAGCCCCUGCUCCUGCCCUCUGAGGCCACGGACAGAGAGGGCACUCCCAACAAGCUUUACGGAGCUCGUGACGGAUCAGUUCAGUCUGACGCCAGCAGCAGUCCCUCUGAGCAGAGUCACCUGGGUCAGACCCACCCAGGAUACCCAAUGGGUCCACAGUCUCUCCUGGUAGCCCAGCAACUGGCGAACGCCGUUGGUGGCGUGAUGUCCGGAGGCGCGUCGGGCAUAAACCAGCCGAUCCUCAUCCCCUUCAACGCGGGCGGACACCUGGGCGGCCAGCAGGGCCUGGUCCUCUCCCUGCCCACCGCCAACAUCCAGAGCCUGGUGGCUGCUGCCGCUGCAGGGGGCAUCAUGACGCUCCCCCUCCAGAACCUGCAAGCUACCUCAUCCCUGAACUCCCAGCUCCAGCACCUGCAGCAGCUCCAGCAGAUGCAGCAGCAUCACCACCAGCAGCAGCAGCAGCAGCAGCAACACCAUCACCAACAGACCCACUCCCACAGUCAGAACCACCUGCCAACCCAGCAUCACAUGACCCCACCCAGCCAGCAGCAUCAGACCUCGGUCCCGUCUCCGGGUUCUGCUUGCUCCUCCGCCUCUGGACACCCGCAGCAGUCCCCGCCGCACCGGCCCAACCAGUCGCCGGCUCGCAGCCUCCCUUCGCCCGUCACUCCACCCAUGCCUCUGCCGCUCAAUCCUCUGGCCAGCCAGGCGGCGGUAGCAGCAGCAGCAGCCAUGGGGUCCAUCGCUGGCUCUCAGGUGUUUGGCAACACCCUGUCAAACCUGCAAGGAGCCACUGGUCAGCUUGUCACCAAUGCACAAGGACAGAUAAUUGGAACAAUCCCACUGAUGCCCAACUCUGCAGGGCCCUCCAGCCAAUCAGGAGGUGGCAACCCAGCGCUGCAGGUGCAGCCAAUUACACCUCAGCUUCUGACCAACGCUCAAGGCCAGAUCAUCGCAACGGUGAUCGGCAAUCAGAUCCUGCCUGUCAUCAACACCCAGGGAAUCACGCUGUCACCAAUCAAGCCUGGACAGCAGCUGCCUCAGGCCCAGCAGGCUCAGACAGGCCCUGCAUCGUCUCAACCCAGCCUGCUCCACAUGCCCCACAGACACAGUCCUCUCCACCAGGCGUCCUCCUCCUCCUCCACCUCCUCCUCCUCAUCGGCUCUCAGCGUGGGGCAGCUGGUCAGCAACCCACAGACCGCCCCCAGCGAGGUGGACGGGGUCAACCUGGAGGAGAUCCGCGAAUUCGCCAAAGCGUUCAAGAUCCGCCGGCUGUCCCUGGGCCUGACGCAAACUCAGGUGGGCCAGGCGCUCAGCGCGGCCGAGGGGCCGGCCUACAGCCAGUCAGCCAUCUGCAGACACACCAUCCUGAGAAGCCACUUUUUCCUACCACAGGAAGCCCAAGAGAACACUAUAGGUAACAGUCUGACAGGCAAACUGAACCCUGGCCUUUUAUAUCCUGCCAGGUUUGAGAAGUUGGACAUCACCCCUAAAAGCGCCCAGAAGAUUAAGCCUGUUCUGGAGCGCUGGAUGGCCGAGGCUGAAGCCCGCCACCGAUCCGGCAUGCAGAACCUGACUGAGUUUAUCGGCAGCGAGCCUUCAAAAAAACGCAAGCGGAGGACCUCUUUCACCCCGCAGGCUCUUGAGAUCCUGAACAGCCACUUUGAGAAGAACACACACCCCUCCGGACAGGAAAUGACGGAAAUAGCGGAGAAACUGAACUAUGACAGGGAGGUGGUGCGUGUCUGGUUCUGCAACAAGAGGCAAGCCCUGAAAAACACAAUAAAGCGCUUAAAACAGCCUGACCUCGGCAUGGCUGCACCAAUGGACCCUCUCACUGAUUCUCUAGAGGAGCUCCCAAAAUGAGAGAGCUCUCUGACAAAACAGUGGAGCGGAAAAGUGGCAGCCGUUACAAACAACAAAGGUGGAUGACUUCCUCUUGAAGCGAGAACUGAUAAAUGUUCCCAAGUCACCUGGAUGGACCGACGUUACUUUUCCAAAUGAAACUUUGUGUUCUCAGUGUGAUUACCACAGUUAUGUAAAUGACUUUGGCAAAAACCAAAAACAUGAAAAAGAGAUUCAUAUCUGAGAAUUAUGUAAAGAAAAAGAAGAAGAAAAAAAAGAUACAGUGUGCUGUUUCAAAGAGUUUUAGAUUCUGGCCUUCCAGACCAGACCGUCGCCCAAAUUUUGGUUCCACGAGGGAGGAUUUAAUAAAGAGAUCAUACCAAAUCAAAACACUAUUUACCAAAGUCUGUUGCAUCUGAGUACUAAGAAUAAUUUUGUAAUUUAAAUGUGCUCUAAAUUUUUACAUUUGUACUGACAAAA